CUCUCAUAAUCCUAGACCCCUCCCUCUCUGCCUUUCUCUCUCUCCUCUCUCUCUCUCUCUAUCCAUCUCACUCUCCUCUAAAUAGAUCUAUUCCCUUCUUACCCGCCAAGUUAUUAUAACGAGUUCACUAAAACUUGUCCUUCUCUCUUCUUCAUCCUCUGGGUCAAUGCUAGAAUGGUGUCAUUGAGAAACUCCCGAGUCUCUGUCUUGAUCAAUUGUCAGGGCGGACAACCUUAAAGAGCCAAAGACGAUAUUAUGGGGGUUGGUGGGGUUAGGACUAGGAGGUUUCUUUUUGGAGCUCUGGUUUCUGUGGGAGUCAUCUGGUUUAUGUUUCUUGCAAUCUCAUUCAACCGUCAGACCAAAAGGGCAGUUCUAGUUCCAUACAAUGUAAUCUCUAAGCACUUGAAGCUGGUUCACAUGGACAGGCACGCCUUUCAUCCCAAGUCUGGACUGAUUUACGUCAGCAAGAGACGAGUACCUAACGGACCUGAUCCCAUUCACAACAGGAGAGAAGUGAAUUCUAGACAGCCUCCUACGCGAACUUGAGGAUUCUGAGAUCCACAUAUAUUACGAGGAAACGAAGAAGAUACUUGAGAAAUUACAGAUUUUUGCUAUUCCCAUUUGGAAGGACUUACCUUGAAUUUCUAUCAGAUGUUGUUAUUCCAUAGUAAUGCUUGUGCUUGAAAAUUGUAAGUGUGCUCUUUUAUUUUUAUCUUUUAUCCUUUUUAUGAUCGCGAUGUAAAGCAAGCUUGGGUAAUGAAGUGAUCAAAAUUUUGAAUGUAA